CGUGAAUACACACAUAAAAAAUAAGUUUGUGCUUGCUACUAUAUAAAUAAACAAAUAAACAUGACUCGACAUGCACGUAAUUGUACAGCUGGCGCUGUUUAUACAUACAAUGAGAAAAAACGGGAUGCCGCAGAGUCUGGAUAUGGUACAAAUGCCAAGCGACUGGGUAAGGAUUCUGUAAAAUCCUUUGAUUGCUGCUCACUGACACUGCAGCCAUGUCGUAAUCCUGUUGUCACCAAGGAUGGCUUUUUAUUCGACAAAGAAGCCAUACUGCAGUAUAUUGUAACUAAGAAGAACGAACACAGCCGUAAGAUGAAAGAAUAUGAGCGCCUGCGACGUGUUGAGGAGAAUGAAAUAGCUCAGGAAGCGAGCAACAAGCAACAGGCACGUAUGACGAGUUUUGUGAAUGCGGAAAAGCCCACUACAACACCUGCACACAAGCCUAACGGAACUGUGACAAAGCCCAGAGAGCUUGAUGCCACACCAAGCACUUCAGCAGUAGCAGCACUAUCAUCUGGCAGCUCUAUCUCUAUCUCGAACAUGGCUAAUGGUCAUGAGAAGAAAUUACCCAGCUUCUGGUUACCUUCAGAGUGUCCAAAUGCGGGCCUUGCAAAAGCGCAAAAGCCAGAUGCAACAAUUUAUUGUCCAGUGUCAAUGCAGCCACUUCGAGUAAAGGAUUUAAUCGAUGUAAAGUUUACGCUGCUCAAGGAUGGCGAUAAUAAGCGUUCACUCAUUGCCAAGGAGGCACGCUACAUGUGUCCCAUUACGCAUGAUGUGCUUAGUAAUGCAGUACCUUGUGCUGUGCUACGUCCCACGGGUGAUGUGGUUACCUUGGAAUGCGUAGAUAAGCUUAUACGCAAGGACAUGAUACAUCCACUGACCGAUCGUAAGCUCAAAGAGAAGGACAUAAUACAACUACAGCGUGGUGGCACGGGCUAUGCCAUCACCAAUGACAAUUUGAACGCUAAGGAAAAGCGUCCCAUGCUGCAAGUCUAAUGCUUUUAUAAUUGUAGAUAGUUUGUAAUUAAACAAAACUAACAUUAUCCAACAGAAUUCCCAUACACUUAGAAAAGAUUUUAUUCACUUAUAAAUUUUGUAUAUGUAUUUUGUUCUAAAGUUUUAUUAGUAAACACUUGACAAGUGUAACGG